GGGGGGUGUUUGUGCAUCAAUCUGGGGAGGUUCCUGGGCUCUGAGGCUGAGCUGUGGCAGGAGAGAGACAUUGUGCUGUGAAGGACAUCUGUGUGGGUCUCUCUCUCUCUCUCUCUCUUUGCUGCAUGACCAUCAUCUGUAUCAUAAAGGAGGCGAUUAACUCGCACAACGACAACCUGAGCAAAAAAUCGAGUGUACGUUACUGCUUGAGGUUUCCGUGACGCCCAAGAUGCAGCUUCUCCAAUUCCAUGACUCAGUGUGCGGUUCCUCCUGGCUCCGUUUGAUGUCACGAAAAUGAGCCGCCCGCUCCAGCAGAGCAGAGAUGCCACAGUGCCCGACUGCGUGGUCAUGCCUCAGACCCUGAACAGAGAGCAGCUCCAGCAGAGGCCGGGCAAGGGCGAGAGCUCGCGGGUGGACACCAUGUACCAGGUGGUGCCAGGAAGCCUUGCCACCACCAAGGAGAAGCAAUACAAAGAACUCAAGCCCUUGAUCUGUGCCAUCUUACUGGGCCUGGCCCUGGUGGUGGCCUCGGUGAUGUCUUGGUGUUACUACACGGCUUCACUGAAGACCUCGAUCACCUUCAGACUAGAGCAGCUAGAGCUCCACAGGGAGGGGUUCGUGAUCAGGAAAAGCCCCGACUCGGUCUCCUUCCGAAUGGGCUUCCGCUCGGCUUCCAUCGACCCGGAGUCUUGCCUGCAGGGGGACAGCGGGAACCGGCUGAGUUGCACCAAGUCCAACCGAGGGGAGGUCAACUUCUACGUCGAGACCCUGAAGCCCAAGGAGACGGUGACCUGUUACAACAUUCACUGGAGGGCGGGGAGGCCGGGCUCCGCCGUGGAGCACUGCAUGUUCUGGGCGGGUGCUAAGUGGUAUGGUGGGGCGGAGAUGAGCACCCAGCACUGGCCCAUGCGUGUAUCGGGGGCGAUGGAGCCCGCGCCCUAUGUGACCGGCGACGUUUACUCGUUCCGCGGUGGCUUCGGGGGCGUGUUGGAGAGGUACUGGGUGUCGUCGAGGGGGGUGGCGGUCCGCGUGAAUGAUUCAGUGCCUUUGCACGUGGGCUGGAACAGCUCACACCAGGAGGCGGUGUGCCUGCAGGCCAGGUACGGGGAGGGCUCACCAUUCAAACCCCGGCAGGGGCACGAGCCAGGGCCGGGGAAGGAGCCGGUGGCCGAGCUCAGCUACCAGGUGUGCGUGGGGACAGACUUGAAGGUCAUGCACCGCUACAUGGCCAAGAAGCACUUCAAGAAGCCCAGGAACGUGCCUGCGGAGAGCAUGUUCAGGUACCCGGUCUGGUCCACCUGGGCCCUGUACAAAACCCAGGUGGAUCAGAACAAAGUGCUGCACUACGCGGAGAAGAUCAAGAAGUACAAGUUCAACCACAGCCACCUGGAGAUCGACGACAAAUACAGCAGCACCUAUGGCGAGUUCGACUUCGACCCCGUCAAGUUCCCCAACGUCUCCGAGCUGAUGGACAAACUGGAGAGCGACGGCUUCAAGGUCACGCUUUGGGUUCACCCUUUCGUCAGCUACAACUCACCCAGCUUUGCCGAGGGCGUCGAGCGCUCGCUCUUCGUCACGGACCCCGGCGGGAGGCUCCCCGCGCUGGUGGAAUGGUGGCACGGGGUGGCAGCCUUGCUGGACCUCACCAAGCCUGCCUCGGCCGAGUGGUUUCGCAGCGGCCUGGAGAACCUGAGGUCCAGGUACGGAGACGGAUAUGCCGUGGCUUCUUUUAAGUUUGACGCGGGAGAAAGCACUUACCUCCCCGCCCGCUUCGCCACUCACAAGCACCUAGCAGACCCCAGCGCGUUCAGCAAGACGUACGCCGAAAUGGCGGCCUCCUUCCCCCAACGACUGUGCGAAGUGCGAGUGGGCUUCAGGUCUCAGGGACUGCCUUGUUUUGUCAGGAUGAUCGACCGUGACUCGGUCUGGGGUUACGAGCUGGGCUUGAAGUCGCUGAUCCCCACCGCGCUGACCAUGAGCCUCCUCGGCUACCACUUCAUCCUGCCCGACAUGAUCGGGGGCAACGUUUACCCCAAUAGGACGGACGUCUCCGAUUCCGACCCCGACCUGCCCGACCGCGAGCUAUACAUCCGCUGGCUGGAGCUCUCGGCUUUCCUCCCCGCCAUGCAGUUCUCCGUGCCGCCCUGGCUGUACGACUCCGAGGUGUUGGCCAUCGCAAACAAGUUCACCUGCCUGCGAGAGAGCCUGGUGGCACCGCUGCUGCUCCAGCUGGCAGAGGAGGCCACACAGACAGGCAGCCCCAUCAUCAGGCCGCUCUGGUGGCUGGCACCCAGCGACCCCCAGGCCCAGAGCGCGGACACGCAGUUUCUGAUCGGAGACUCGCUCAUGGUGGCUCCAGUGGUGGAAAAGGGCACAAAGAUCAGAGACGUGUACCUGCCCAGCGGCAAGUGGCAGAGCUUCAAAGGAGAUCUCUAUGACAAGACUCCCUUCCUCAUCACCGAAUUUGCCGUCAACCUCGAUGAAGUGGCCUAUUUUACCAAAGUUAAUUGAAUGCGUUAUAUAUUUUUUUCCCCCACUUUCCCACCAACAACCCACCAACCCUCUUUCUUCAUAUUCAAACUGAACUCAAUUAAAUUGCGUCCGGCAAAUUGGACCACAGAGCCAGCUGUGAGCGUUUUUUGCACGGCUCUCCGCACUGGACUCUGCUGUAACUCUUUAUACUGUGUGCGUUGGGGAGGUGGGAGCAGUGGUUCAAAAAUGUAUCAACCAUUGUGUGUGUUUUGGUGUGUGUGUUUCAUAGAAUGAUCGGAUCUUGCAUUACAGAAGGAGGCCAUUCGGCCCAUCGUGCCUGU